AGUCAGUCGACUUUGGGUGGCCCGCUCUCGCGUAUGUGUUUAUGGUGUUCAGCUCUCGUAUUGGUUCAACUCCGCGUUCGCGUUCAACUAGCAGCAGCAAAUCACGUUUCGUGACGAUUUCUCGCGUUCCGCAGAACAAGCAGAAGAAGAAACCGCCUCAUUUUUUCCCACCGUGCGGGUCGUGCUCACAGCAGCUCGAAAGAAAACACGUUACGAUAGAGAACGGUCCGUUUCAAACACGCGUGCUGAAGAAAUCACCCGCCUCGGAUCGCGCUCUCAGCUGUGUGCAGCAGCUCGGAAGUUUGAAAUUCGCCUGCGGAACAUCCCCCGUGUGCAACAAACGCCCCUCCGCUACCGACACUCGGAUCCCUGUGGAAGCUGACGUUGCGCAGAUAAACCGGGGUUUGAACUGGGGUUGCGCGGAGUUCGGAAGCAAUCCCACCGGUACCGGUGGUGAUCUAGCUGUCAAGAGGGAAAAAAACCAAGAAGAAUCAACCGGAGCGAAGCUCCAGAAAAAAAAAAGUGCGUCCGGUCCGGGUUCCAAUAGUGAAGCCGACCGUCCAAGUGUGUGUCGCAAGUGAUCACCAUCUGUGCGUGUCUCAGUGCCAACGAUUGUGUCGUGAGGUGAGGGAUUCCCCCAAAAGGUCGUCGUCGUCGUGUGCAAAGCAUUACGAAGAAAGUGGUGAGUGUGGUUCGUGAGGCAAAGUUCAGCGAGGGAGAGGAUUCUACGCAGGUGUCAUCCUCCGGCGUCAUCAUGAACGUGAUGAACAACAGUAGCGGGGACGAGGAACAGGCCGAGUGCCCACUGUGCAUGGAACCGCUAGAAGUAGAUGACCUCAACUUCUACCCGUGUACAUGUGGCUACCAGAUCUGCCGGUUCUGCUGGCACCGGAUCCGCACCGACGAGAACGAGCUGUGCCCGGCGUGCCGGAAGGCGUACCCGGAGAACCCGGCCGACUUCACGCCCCUGUCGCAGGAGCAGAUUGCGGCGUUCAAGGCGGAGAAGCGGCAACGGGACCAGCAGCGGAAGGCGAAAAUCUCCGAAAACCGGAAGCACCUGGCGAACGUGCGGGUGGUGCAGAAGAACCUGGUCUUUGUCGUCGGGCUGCCGCCGAGACUGGCCGACCCCGAGAUCCUGAAAAAGCACGAAUACUUUGGAAAGUACGGCAAGAUCCAUAAAGUUGUAAUCAAUCCUAGUACAACGUACGCAGGAGGCCCGUCGGCGUCCGCGUACGUAACGUACAUUAACAACAACGACGCGCUGAAGGCCAUUCAGAGCGUCAACAACAUUAUGAUCGACGGGCGGCUGAUCAAGACGAGCUUAGGUACGACCAAGUACUGUAGUCACUUCAUGAAGAACCAGUCGUGUCCGAAGCCGGACUGCAUGUAUCUGCACGAGCUGGGCGACCAGGAGGCUAGCUUUACGAAGGAGGAGAUGCACCAGGGCAAGCAUCAGGAGUACGAGAAGCGACUCCACGAUACGAUGCAGGCGCAGCUCGGCCUAACGCCGUCGUCCGGCGGUACGGGAACGUCCAACGGAACGACGGCGCCGCUGGCCGCGUCCAAUGGCAGCGCCAGUGGUGGUGUCGGGAAUGGCAACGUCAGCGGCGGCGGCGGCGGAACCGGCACCACCACGAACGGUAUUAUUGCAAACGGUACGGCGGGCGGAGGCGGCAGUGGCAAAACAGGUGAUUCUAAACAUAUAAGCGACAUAACCAAUGGACCAAUCCAAUGCAAAGAAGCGUGGCCAAGCUUAUCCACUUCGCCGAUCGACGGUAGCACUCAUGGAGGCGGCGGUAGCAAUAAGGAGAAUAAGAUUAACGGUAAAACAGGAGGCAGCAACAAGGAGAAUGGUAGCACGCGGAAGCACGAAAAAUCCCGGUCUAAGGGUGGUCGGAAACACCGGAACAAUGGCCGGGACGGAGCGGACCGCGGUGGGGACCGACUUGGCAAAGACGGCGGCGGCAAGCAGAAUUCCAACCGGCAUGGCAAGGAUAGUACAAUUGCGGGGGCGUCAGCGGCGGGUAGCAGGACGACGUCGUCGGGUUCGGCGUCGAGUGUCGCGGCAACGGUGCCGAGUUCACUGGUGAACGGUAAGACUUCGGUGGCGGCCAUUGUGGCCGGGGCUAGUGCCGCAACGAACGCUGCAAGUGCCGCAGCUGCAGUGGCCGGAACGGAACCUGCGCUAACGAACGGUGACGCUGAGAAGGAGGUCCCGAGCAAGAAGGCACUGCUGAUCAACGGGUUGAACGGCAACGGGGUUAAAUCGGUGCACCUGAACGAUCUGCUGGACGACGACGACGAUGACGAGCUGGACUUUGAGGAUCUGGACAACGAUGCGCUUUCGUCGGACAACGAUGGCAAAACGGACACACCCUCGCUGAGCAGCAGUGGCUCGUCGCACGCCGGCGGAGACAGUGGCAGCACGCUGAGCGAAACGCCCAGUGGUAAGAGCUCGCCCAGUGCAUUCCCCGACCCGAUGACCGGAGCCGGUGCUGUGAACAAUGUGAUAACGACUGGUAGCACCACAACGGCGCCUACCACUAGUACCAGUAGCAGCAUCAGCCCACCAUCGGCCGAGGAGGUGCCACCUGUCGAUUCCACCGCCGCAGUCGCAGCCAUGACGAAUGUCCCCAGCAGUAGCAGCCCCGCCAUCACCAAUGGUAUUAGUAGCAGUAGUAGCAGCAUUCUCUCCUCCCUUGCAUCGGACGACAAACAGCAGGCUAGUUCCGAGCACGUGAUACCGUCGUCCGCGUCCCUGUUUGGCCAGGAUGGCUCCAACAUGACCACUACGACCGCUCCGAUGUCCACGGGAAGCAAACAACAGCAACCGCUCAACGGCAUGGCCAAGAUCAACAGCGUGCUCGACAACGCCACGUCGCGGUUCUCCAAGCUGGGUUUCUUCGAUGACAACAGCAGCUUCUUCUCGCACAGCACGUUCGAUCCGUACAGUUUCACCGCCGCCGCCGCCAACAAGCUGGACCAGGCGCCCAGCACCAAUCUGGAUGGAAUCCAGUCGAGUGGACUGACGUCCUCUCAGCUGCCGGAUCUCCUCAGCGGUACCAACGAUACCAACGAGCAGCACACAAAGGAGAUCCUCAAAAACCUGGGCAAUCUUCAGCAACAGCAGCAUCAGCAACAACAACAACAGCAACAGCAUCACCUGCUCAACAACGUACACCUGCAGCAACAGCUGAACGGGCUCGGUCUGGGCAACGCCAGCAACGGUGGCGUCGAUGGCCUCGCAGGUCUGGGCACCGGCAAUACCGACGACUGGGAGGCCGCAUUCAGCAAGUACGUUAUGCGCUCCAAACUGGACGUUGAACAUCACGAGGAACUGAUGCGCAUGCAGGAACUGCAGAAGCGAAACCUCAUCAACACCGGACUGAGCUCGACCCAAUUCAAUGGCUUUAACGGAGAAUACUCCGACUACUUUCACAACACGAACGAGCUAAACAGCAGGUUACUGAGCCAACAACAGCAGCAAGCUCACCAACGUUUACAGCAACAGCAGCAGCAGCAACAACACACCGACAUGAGCCACAUCUACGCCGGCAACAUGUCCAAGUUCUUCGACUUUCACAAAAGCCAACAACAGGCCGCGCAGCAGCAGCAGCAAAGCCAACCACCGGCCGGGGCCGGCCCGCAGCCACCUUUCCUGCAGCACAACGGACACUCGGCGCUCGGGGCAGCGGAUCCGAUGAGCAACAUCGCCAAUCUGCUCGAAAACAGCCGGUUAAACUCCCACUUCCUAGAACAACACACCAAUGGUUUGCUAGGGCCACAGCUGCAGAAGCAGCGCAUGCUCAACGGCCAGCUGAAUGCUCAUAGUAUCCUGUUGAACGGGGCUAGUCCACAGCAGCAGCAGCAACAACAGCAACAGCAGCAGUAUCCGCAGCAGCCGAAUCCAGUCGUAGACGACGAUUUGGGCUUCGAUCCGUUCUUCGAGACACAGAAGGCCCUGGCCGAGCUGAUCAACGACGAGAUCAACCAGCAGCAGAUCAACCCACAGAACGCGUCCCCGGCGGCGGCAGCGGCAGCGGCUGCAGCAGCAGCAGCGGCCGCGGCCAACCACAACCACAAACUGCUGGAGAAUGUCCAGCGGACUCGGAUGCCGCCGCCGGGCUUCAACCACAUGAACGCGUUCGGAUUUGGCGUCCCGAGGGCGCAAGUUUCAGGCAGCAAAAUCCUACCCUUCAUGAACCUAGCAAACAAUGCACAGCAGCAGCAGCAGCAACAGCCCGGGCAGGCUAACUGGGGCCAGCAGUUGCAGCAGCAGCAACAGCAGCAAUUUAUGGGAUUCCCGAAUGAGCAGACUCAUUUGGGCCAGUCCCAGCCGCAGAACGGACACAACAAAGCCGGCUACGGCAACAACUUCCCCGACUGGACCUCGUUCGAUCCAGCUAUCGUCUCGUUUCGUCAAUUUUCCUUCAUGAACGGUCCCAACCAGCAGCAGCCGCAGCCACCACCGCAGCAACCCGGAGAUCUCUUCCUCUCAGCACAGCAGCAGAACAUGCAGCAACCCGGACAAGGAUUUGGACAUCACGGCAUCAACCUGCAGCAGCAACAGCAGCCGGGCAAUCCGCAAGCACAGGUCAACUUUUCCGCGUCACACUGGCUCAACAGCGAACAGAGCGCCUACAUGAGCCACCUGGCCCUCAACGGAUUCGGGGCGGGACCGGCAGCGGGUCCGACCGGCGGAAACGGGUUCGACAAGUUCAGCAUCCCGAUGCCACCGGGUUUCCAGGCGGCGGCCGCGGCAGCAGCAGCAGUCAACAAGCAAAAGGCCGAAUGCAUCAACUAAGGUGGACCCGCCACAGGAGAUCUUCUCUCGGCGCAAGGGGACGAACUGGACCUGGCUGAGGGCUCGGGACGCAGAUGAUUUUAUUCGAUUUUUUUUAUUACACAUUUUUCUGUUUUUUAUAUUUUUUUAUGUUUUGUAUUUUCUUCAUUUUUCCAUCGUUUAAGAAAUUUUUGGUGCAUUCUAGCUUUACCCUCGGAACCUUUGAACCUGCUAGGAACUCUUUCGAGAGUAGUAGCUGUAGCAUUUACCCUGAAACGAAAGUCAGAAUCAGUUUAGUAAUUACAAAUCAAAAACAUGUACAAGCCUGAAGUUCAAACGAGCAGCGAACGGUUUCAUCCCUUCACAGUUAAUAUUGUAGUUAGGCUUUUUUCGCCGCGUACGUACUAUUAGAUUGUUUUACCCUGUCGCACACACUUUACAUUCUGAAACAAACUUCGUGGAUUCGAUUCGGAUCGAUCUUCCGAUUCAUCGGCCGGUGAAUCCCUAAAAAAAAGCCACACAAACUUUGUAGCUGCAGAUGAGUUGCCCGCCGCCGUGCGCUUUCAACCAGCCCCAAUUUCGAUUUUCACACCCACUUUCAUCAAUAACAUUCAACCUCUUGAAUAGUAUUUGAUCGAAAGUACCGAAACUUAAAAAAAAAUAGUAACAUCACACUCGCCACCAGAACAUGUGCUGCAAAUGUUCCUUUUUUCAAAUUAUUUUAUUUAGCUAAUUUUCGUACUUGUAAAAUUUUGAGGUUUUUGAACGCCUUCGUUACUCUCUCUUUUUUCAAAAGUUUUGCAAGAUUUAGAUUUACUUUGAUUUCUCUCCGACAAAAUGACGUUUCUGCGCUUUUCUGCAGGCUCUCUCUCAAUCUCUUUGUUUACUUUCAUUUUCUCGCUUUCAAAAAAAUUUAGAGAGCGCUGCUAACUAAUGCAGCACUCCAGGAAAGAGAGCGUAAACUGUUCAGAAAUUUAGUUCUGUCAGCGGAGAGUACUCCGAUAAAAAGAGAUUUCUGCCAUUUCCGCUAUUUGGGUACUCUCUUUUGGAAAACAAUCAGCUUAUGCGUGCUUAGAAAAGGAAUGCUCUCUGAAUGGAAUCUUGUUCUCUUUCAAGAAUGUCCAGAUGAACUCUUAUCUUUGCCUUGCGCUCUCUUUGCUCUCGUUUGUAUAAUAAUUGAGAGUGCCCUGCAAAAUUAAGCAGCGGAUACAGAAGAGCGAGCAAAAAUCGGAUUUUAUAAGGAGAUUUUCAGAAAAGUGAAAAUUUGACCAUUUACCAGGCAAAUUUACCGGAUUUGUUUCUGUCGGGUUAUUUAGCAUGCCAAACUGGUUCAAAAAACGCGUUUUAAAAACUAUUUUAAUGCGAAUAUAUUUAUUCAAAAAAAUAAACUUAACUAAAAUCGUUUUUUGGUUCAUUUUGACAUGCUAAACAACUCUACAGAAUAAACUUCUAUGAAAUUUUCCAGGGUAUUUUUUUCAUCAUUGAAAAUCUCCAUAUAUAAUCUUUUUUUCGUGCUAAAUAUUUUUUGACAGCUGGAAACCCGCCUAAAUCUAAUCUACAUUAGACUUGAUAUGAGUCGUAAACAAAAAGCAAAACAAAACACGAUAAAAAAUAGAGGCAAUCACAGGCUGGCAAAUAUUAGAAAUUAUUGAAGUACGAAAAUUUAAUGCUUAUCUUUAUCCGUACAAGCAAAACCAAUGAAAUUGAAUCAUAGAAUCAGAGGAAAUGACAAAAAAAGAAGUAAAAUACAGAACGUGGAAAAUGUGAUGAACGGAACUAAUCUAACUUUUUUCUUUUUUUUUAUGGCACCAAAUGCCUUGCAUUUUGUAACUAUCUUUAUGUUGUAGUCAGCUGCAGAAUGAGUCCCCUUCAGAACGGACGGUUUUGUUACCUUCCGUGGGGGAGAAGUCCCAAAACACAGAACACCCACAUUAAUUCAAUGAAAUUUACGGACACAAAAUCUAUCGUAUCAUUUUUGUUUGUUCCAAUUCUACUCCACUCGCUAAAGUCAGUGUUAUUCUAUCAUUGAAGCAAAAUGAGUAAUUUUAUGUGAAAAUUACCUGAAUGUUUUUAAAAGACGUUUUUUUUGCCAAUUUAUAACGUUUGUUAUAGCAUAAAGGCAAAAAUAAAACUAAACGCAAAAACUUUUGAGUGAUUCUCACAACAAAAUAAUCAUCAAAUGCAGAGAGCAACUUACAGAUAUCGCGCGAAGCUAGCAAAAUUUAAUCAACAAACUACAACAAUUACACAGCAAAACAUAUGAAGUAACGUUUCGAUACAAAAUGGUAAAACUAAACGACGAAAUCAAUCCCAAAACAGUUACAUCUAUUAUAAACAAACGUAAUCUUUGGCAUUAUCGAUGUGAGGAGGAGCAAACACACACACACAGAUUAAAAACAAGAGAGAAAGUCGAGCAAGAGUAACAGGAGGUAUAUAAAAUGGUUAUAUUGCUAUAUUAUUAUGAUUAUUAUUAUUACUCAUUAUUCAAAAAAACACACAUUUAUAUCGAAAAAAAAAAGAAAUGAUACAAAACCAAACAUUGCAAACAAGAAAGUACCGAACUGUUCACGACCAUCAGGCUGCUGCUUGCUGUUUUGGAGGUGAAAACUAGGACAAUUGUAAACCUUUGUGGCUGGGUUGUUGCUUUUCUUUUGAUGGGGGAAAAACUCCACCUCCGCUCCCCCCUCUGGCAGGGCAGAAGAUUUCGGCAAACGUUAAGGGUGCAUUUCUUCUUCCUUCGAGAGGGGACUAGCAAAAUGGAGCCCUCGAAAGCAACCUCCCAAAAGUUGCGAAAUUUUGAUGCUGCAACACAAAACACACACACACACACAUUGAAGGGGGAAGAUACGAAAGAUCGUUGCCUUUGAUGAAAUCUAGGAGAAAUUUGCUGUUGCUCGAGACGCGCGAGAACCGAAGGGUGGAAGCAAAAAGAAAACAAAAAGAAGUGAAUUGAGGCAGGAGAGAAAAAAAGAGCCGCAUCAGGAGUGUCCGUCAGGAUGCUAGAUGGGCAAAACAAACACAGAACAUAGAAAAUGAAGAAAGAAGGAAAGAGGAGAACACAACACAAUAUAAUAUGUGAAAGACGAUAUAAAAAUACAAUGCUGAAAAAGGAAAUAUUAUGGACAAAAUCGUGAAACAUGAAAAUAAACUUAAAAAUACAAAACA